UCUCUCUCUCUCUCUACUGCAACUUUUGUAUCUUUUUAUAUAAAUUAAUUAAUAAAAUAAAACGAUUUUCUUUUUCUUUAUAAGUAUACGUCUGAGACGUUCCUUAAAGAGCUUCUGCUUCAGCUUCUUCAAAUCUCAGACACGCCAGUGUUUACAUGCAUUUGCUCUCUUGAUUUCCUUGAAACUUUGUUUUAAACUCAAAACACAUGCAAAAUAGAUAAGAUCUUCUUCUGAUAAUAACCUCGUGAUUAUCGUUUUACCAAGUCUUCUUCUUCUUCUUCUUCCUUACCACACAAAUGCAGCAGAAGUACUAAUAGUGUAACGCUUAUAAUCAGCUCAGGCAGGAUUUUACCAAAGAAGAAGAACAACAACAAACAAGAGAGAGAAAAAGUAAUUGUUUUUAGUUUGAUGGCUCCGAUGACGAACUGGUUAACGUUUUCUCUGUCACCAAUGGAGAUGUUGAGGUCAUCUGAUCAGUCUCAGUUUGUCUCCUAUGACGCUUCUUCCGCCGCUUCCUCCUCUCCUUAUCUCCUCGAUAAUUUCUAUGGUUGGACGAACCAAAAACCACAGGAGUUUUUCAAAGAGGAAGCUCAGUUAGCAGCAGCUUCAAUGGCGGAUUCAACAAUCUUAACAACAUUCGUAGACCCACAAUCUCAUUCCCAGAAUCACAUCCCAAAGCUCGAAGAUUUUCUCGGUGACUCUUCUUCUAUCGUUCGUUUCUCUGACAACAGUCAAACCGAUACUCAAGACUCUUCCCUCACUCAAAUCUACGAUCCACGUCACCACCACCAUAACCCCAACCAAACCGGGUUCUACUCCGAUCACCACGAUUUCAAAACCAUGGCCGGUUUUCAAACCGCUUUCUCGACUAACUCCGGUUCAGAGGUCGAUGACUCUGCUUCAAUCGGACGGACUCAUCUUACUGGAGAGUAUUUGGGACACGUGGUUGAAUCUUCCGGACCGGAGCUAGGGUUUCACGGUGGAUCUACCGGAGCUUUGUCACUUGGGGUUAACGUUAACAAUACUAAUCACCGGAAUGAUCAUGAUAGUAAUCAGAUUACUAAUCAUCAUUACCGAGGUAAUAACAACGGUGACAGAAUCAACAAUGAGAACGAGAAGACAGAUUCUGAGAAGGAGAAAGCUGUUGUAGCUGUGGAAACAUCAGAUUGUUCUAAUAAGAAGAUUGCUGAUACGUUUGGUCAAAGGACUUCGAUUUACAGAGGUGUUACUCGACAUAGAUGGACGGGAAGAUAUGAAGCUCAUCUAUGGGAUAAUAGCUGUAGGAGAGAAGGUCAGGCCAGGAAGGGACGUCAAGUAUACUUGGGUGGAUAUGACAAAGAAGAUAAGGCAGCUCGAGCUUACGAUUUAGCGGCUCUUAAAUACUGGAAUGCUACUGCUACUACCAAUUUCCCUAUUACGAAUUACGCGAAAGAAGUGGAGGAAAUGAAGCACAUGACCAAGCAAGAGUUCAUUGCCUCCCUGAGGAGGAAGAGUAGUGGUUUCUCUAGAGGAGCUUCGAUAUACCGAGGUGUGACAAGGCAUCAUCAACAAGGACGUUGGCAAGCAAGGAUUGGCCGUGUCGCCGGGAACAAAGAUCUUUACCUUGGAACCUUUGCAACGGAAGAGGAAGCUGCUGAAGCGUACGACAUAGCAGCAAUCAAGUUCAGAGGAAUAAACGCUGUAACUAACUUUGAGAUGAACCGUUACGACGUUGAAGCCAUCAUGAAGAGUGCCCUUCCCAUCGGUGGUGCAGCUAAACGUCUUAAGCUCUCUUUGGAAGCUGCUUCAUCAGAGCAGAAACCAAUCCUCGGUCAUCAACUUCACCAUUUCCAGCAACAGCAGCAACAACAACAACAGCUUCAGCUUCAGUCAUCUCCUAAUCACAGUAGCAUUAACUUUGCUCUCUGUCCUAAUUCAGCAGUUCAGUCUCAACAGAUUAUUCCAUGUGGAAUUCCUUUUGAAGCAGCUGCUCUUUACCACCACCAACAACAGCAACAACAGCAGCAACAGAACUUCUUCCAGCAUUUUCCCGCAAAUGCAGCUUCUGACUCGACCGGGUCUAAUAACAACUCCAACGUUCAGGGAACAAUGGGACUUAUGGCGCCGAAUCCGGCUGAGUUCUUCCUCUGGCCUAAUCAGUCUUACUAAAACCAAUCAUAUGAGUUGAUUGUGUCAAGUUUUUAUCGUUUUUAAGGGACACAACUUCUUGAUUCUGGCUAACCCAUAAGCUGACUAGAAGAAUCUGAAAAUCUCACUUUUGUUUUUGUUUUGAUUAACUGUUGUUGUUUAGGCAGGAGUAGUUGGGGGGUGAAAUGUGGAAGAAAGGUUGGGGUCAUUAAUGUAUUAAACCUAAACUCGGUGGAGGAAAAUGGUAGUUUUUGGGAAUUAGGAGGUGGUUUCUUUUGUAUCUUGUAUGUAUAAGGCUAUCAGCUUAUCCGCAGUGUACUCUGUUUCCAUUUAUGAAAAAA